UCAGACAGACAAAGACAGUCAGUCUGGUCUGAUUGAGCCCAAAAGGGAGCAGGAAGCGGCGGGAGGGGCUUUUACUCUCCUUGGGGGUGUCCAGGGGAAGCGGGGGCUGGGCGCCUGGAGCACUGUGCACCCCCAGGACAUUCCCCCCCUUAUUUUAUUUUGCAGACCCCCCUAAAAAAAUAUAACACCACCCUCUUUGCUGUUCACAUUUGGGAGACACCCCCAACUUCUGCUCUUCAAUGGUCAAGUGGAGGGGAAGCACCCAGCACCCAAAGAAUGGUAACUAAUGCUGAAGACCUCCAAGAGGCUUUCUGACUUCCUCUCCCCAUGUAAAGUAUGCUGAGAACUUUUCCAGUGGUUCUGCUGGAAACCAUGUUUCACUACACCGACGAACCCAGAUUCACCAUAGAGCAGAUCGACCUGCUUCAGCGUUUGCGGCGCACCGGGAUGACGCGUCACGAGAUCCUCCACGCCUUGGAAACCUUCGACCGCCUCGACCAGGAGCACAGCGACAAAUUUGGCCGGCGGUCCGCCUACGGGGGCGGCAGCUGCAGCAACAGCACCACCACCAACGUGCCGGCGUCCUCCUCCACGGCCACGGCUUCCACGCAGACCCAGCACUCUGGGAUGUCCCCGUCGCCUAGCAAUAGUUACGACACCUCCCCGCAGCCUUGCACUACCAAUCAGAACGGGAGGGAGAGUAACGAGAGGUUGUCCGCCUUCAACGGGAAGAUGUCGCCCACGCGUUACCCGCUGGCCAACAGCAUGGCCCAAAGGUCGUACAGCUUCGAGGCCUCCGAGGAGGACUUGGACGUGGAUGACAAAGUGGAAGAGCUGAUGAGGAGGGACAGCAGCGUGAUAAAAGAAGAAAUCAAAGGCUUCCUGGCCAACCGGAGAAUUUCGCAAGCCGUCGUUGCGCAGGUAACAGGUAUCAGUCAGAGUCGGAUCUCCCACUGGCUGUUGCAACAGGGAUCGGACCUGAGCGAGCAAAAGAAACGGGCCUUUUACCGAUGGUACCAGCUUGAGAAAACAAAUCCCGGGGCUACGUUAAGCAUGAGGCCGGCCCCCAUCCCAGUAGAAGAACCAGAAUGGAGGCAGACGCCUCCACCUGUCACAGCUACCUCCGGGACCUUUCGCUUGAGGCGGGGCAGCCGUUUCACCUGGAGAAAGGAAUGUCUGGCUGUCAUGGAAAGCUACUUCAACGAGAAUCAAUACCCUGAUGAGGCCAAGAGGGAAGAAAUUGCAAAUGCCUGUAAUGCAGUCAUUCAAAAGCCAGGGAAGAAGCUGUCGGACUUGGAGCGAGUCACCUCCCUCAAAGUGUACAACUGGUUUGCCAACAGAAGGAAGGAAAUCAAGAGACGAGCCAAUAUCGAAGCAGCAAUCCUGGAGAGUCAUGGGAUAGAUGUACAAAGCCCCGGAGGCCACUCCAACAGUGACGACGUAGACGGGAAUGAUUACUCAGAGCAGGACUCUUGGCAAAUACGGAAUGGGGAGGAGGAGGGACGAUGUACAGAGGGAGGCAGAGAAGCGGAGAAGUUAGAAGAAGACAGGAGGAGCUCCUCAAAACAAGAUGACAGCACUAGCCAUAGCGACCACCAAGACCCUAUCUCACUAGCCGUGGAGAUGGCUGCAGUAAACCACACCAUCCUGGCUUUGGCCCGCCAAGGAACCAACGAGAUCAAAACAGAGGCCCUGGACGACGACUGAUGAAGCGACAGAGGGGGGGAGGGGCUCCCAAUCCGAGAAAGUAACUUAGUUUUAGACGUAGCACCUUAGCAGCCUUUCCCCCGGUCCCCUAAUAUGUGUUCUUCUUACAGUAUAACUUUGCAGUCUCUUGUACGUCAAGUUCGCCGUUUAGGGUCUUGUCCUGUGAAGAUGGCAUGGUGCCCUCUGAGUCUGCGUGUAAACGCUCAGUAUUAACUCCCCGUCAAAUAAUUAACCAAACCAACUGACCUCCCUCUCCCAGCGCUGCGCCCCGUCCCCCCCGUCCCCUCCCACGCCCCCAGCUAGAUGAAAACCUUUGCUGCUGUGUCUUUCGCAUUCCAUCAACGUGCUUCCAGGUGUUGUGGUAGGCGGCAGCCCGCAAUUCCAAGCCUUAGGCUAAAUCUGUGGUUUUUUUUAAAAAAACAAACCCCCAGCUCACACCGCACCCUUGGAUUCCUGCUCCAACUGCCGGCCUUAACGCUUCCCCCCCCCCCCCCGUUCCGAGACCGAAAGAAGACGAACGGAGGUAGCGGGUCUCCAAGGAUGUUAGAGCUGCCGUACUGGGCUGGCGGAGAAGGACGAGGAUCACGCUUGGUUGUGUUCCAACGUCUGGUUGCCAGGUGCCUCUCUUGGCCAUAAAGUGACAGGUUCCGUCCCGUUUUUCUUUGUGAUCGGUGCUGUUGUCGGGAAUACGGGGAGGGUGUCCGCCAUCUUGGUUCCGUUGGUGCCCACUGCUCAAGAUAUACAACCCAGCCUUUCUCUUUCCUUUGCAAGCAGUGUGAUGUGAGACAUAAACGAUUUUAUUUUUUUUAAGGUGAAGUCUCCUGUGUGAGCCCAAAGUUGCCCUCCAACAGUAAAGGGUGUCACAAAAAUCCUCAGCCGUGGCUCCGCUUCCUUCCACUGGGCUUCCAUUGGCACUGAGGUGGUUGGCGAGAGAUUCUUCUGCAGUAGGCUGUGAUUGGAUCAAUCACAGGGCGCUCCUAUACGCAUCUACUGAGAAGUAAGCCGUACUGAGUUCAGUGGGACUUACACCCAGGUAAGUGUGUGUAGGAUUUCUGCCUCACCCAACGCUGAGACCUACCCUCAGGUUAGGUAUGUCUAAGACGGUGUCUCAUGCAGAAAGAUGGGCGUGGGCUUGUGGAGUGGGCUGGAGGGUGGGAUGUUCUCUCUUUUUCUCUCAGGCUGUGUUC